CUCUGCAUUUCACUCACCCUGUUCCUCUCUCUCUCUCCAUUGCAGAAAGCUUCAAAGAUUUAAAACCCUCAAUCCCCCCAUAGAUCAAGCUCCAAUCUUUUCCGGCCACCAACAUUUUCCCUCCCUUCAAAACUUUCUCGGGGGAAAAACAGAGGAGGAACGCAGGAAAAAAAGGAACGAGCUUUGCAGACUACUUCAGGGCCGAGGAUAGUGAAUACUGAGAAUGUGUCAGCAGCUUUACUGGUACCACUGAAUCGCCAUAGUUUCCCCCCUGUGCCUCCCUUUACAUUCCCCCUUUUUCCAUCUCGGUUUCAGCAAAAUGCACGGUGGAAUCUUUUGUGCUUCGAGGGAUUCUCUCUGCUCCUGAUUCUACACCCCCUUUGCUUGAAUUCCCCCCCUGUUAGCUACUUUUUCUUCGUGGAGAAACCCUAGCCGUGGAAGGUGAGCAUUCUUAUGCUUUGAUUUGAGGGCAAAACAAAGAAAUGGAGGACUUGGCGGGUUUGUUUUGAGUCAAGUUCCAGUUUGUGUUGAGCUUUGCUAUGGUGGGAUAUGGAUUUCGGCAAUUCUAUCAAGAUCUGUGUGCUGCUUGGCGGGUAAAUUGCGUUAUCAUAGAAAUGUCUCUUGUCUGAGAAUAGGUGCUGGUGGGUUUCUGAUGAAGGGAGUUGGAAUCUUUAGGUGCCAAAAUUGAAUGGUCUUUGGUGAGUUGGUAGAUCUCUUGAUAAACCCUCCAACUAGAACUGGGGAACUGCUUUCCUGAAGAACGGGAUAAUGUCUGGAGGAGCUCCAAGAGUGAGGUCGAUAAAUGUGGCUGAUUCUGAUCAAACAAGGCCAGUUUUGGGUCCAACUGGGAACACCAAGUCUGAAGCUUUUAGUGCUGGGAAACCCAAGCCAUUGACACUGAGCAAAGUUGAGAAAUCACCGGAAGAGAAGAAACCAACAAAAGGAAUUUACAACAGCCAUUCUCCCAAAUCACACUCUCUUAGUGCAUCUUCUGUGCUCCGUCGACACGAGCAGUUGCUGCAUUCCAAUCUGUCUAUGAAUGCCUCUUGCUCGUCCGAUGCAUCCACUGAUUCAUUCCACAGUCGGGCGUCUACUGGGCGGUUGGUGCGGUCGUAUAGUACAGGGAGUAGAAGGAAGGUGGUUUCAAAGCCGAGGAGUGUUGCUUCUGAUAGUGGACUUGAGUCUCCAACUUCUCCUGGUGGAUCACAGUUCAACAAGAAGACAUGUGCUUGGGUGACACCCAAUACAGAUCCAUGCUAUGCAGCUUUCCACGACGAAGAAUGGGGAGUUCCUUUACACGAAGAUAAAAAAUUGUUCGAGCUUCUUGUCCUUUCGGGGGCCUUAGCUGAACUUACUUGGCCUGCCAUUUUAAGCAAGAGGCACAUCUUCAGGGAAGUCUUUUCAGAUUUUGAUCCGAUCUCCGUCUCAAAGUUCAAUGAGAAGAAGUUCACGGCAACAGGAAGCAAAGCCACUUCCCUGCUCUCGGAACCCAAGCUACGUGCUGUCAUUGAGAAUGCUCGUCAAAUCUCCAAGGUUUCUUGUUUUGUUGACUGCAGGUGAUAGAAGAGUUUGGUUCCUUUGACAAAUACAUAUGGAGCUUCGUGAACAACAAGCCUAUAGUAAACCGACUCCGGUACCCAAGGCAGGUACCCGUGAAGUCCCCCAAAGCAGAUGCCAUAAGCAAGGACCUCGUGAGGCGAGGGUUCCGCAGUGUGGGGCCGACAAUCGUGUACUCUUUCAUGCAGUCGGCAGGUAUAACAAACGACCAUCUCAUCGGCUGCUUCAGAUUCCAGGAAUGUGUAAAUGUGGCAGAAGGGAAGGAAGAGAAUGGCACUAUCAAGGCCACAGUUGCAGCAGAAGGUGAUCAAGAACAAGGACAAGAUGGUGGUGAAAAAACAAACAGCGGAAUCAUAGGAUCAGAGAUGUCCAUAGCCAUUGAUGACUUGAGCUUGGAGGCAUAGCAGCUGAUGCAGUACUGUGCUAUUACUCAACUUGAUGGACCAGUUUUUUCCCCCUUCGUCUGUAUAAAUCGAAAGGAAACUCCAUUGCUGGCUGCUGCCGCAUCAUGAUAGGAAGGAAUCUUGUCCCAUUCUCCCAUUCUAGAUCUGUAGAUUAUAAAAGAAAAUUCACUGUUGUUCUUUAACCAGAUGAUGGUGAAGGAAUUGUGGCUGUUGGUGGACGUGGGUUUGCCCGCCCUGUUCCACACUUGGAAAUGUAUGAUUUUUUGUAUAGUUGGGAUCUUCCUGAAAGUUAGUUUAUAUUCA